AAAAAAAACGUUUUUGUUUUCAAUAGUUAUGAUGAUGGACAAAGUCCAAAAUUUCAAACUAUUUUUCUUUCAAUAAUCAUGCUUAUGGAUACCGGGUCAGAGGUAACGGGUUAUGAUUUGGAACCAUCUUCCUAUCCAAUAUCUAUAUUGUCAACCCGAUUAGGGGUAACGGGUCGGAGGGGGUUGGUGUGUUGAAGUCCGGAAGAAACCGAAUCCUCUGCAGGCGCUUUGAAUCUCGCCGAAGUCCCUGAUUUUUCUUCAAAUGGUAAAGAUACCGUCUUCCGAGCUCCCGUAGACGUCAACCACCACCCGAUCUCGCCUCCUUUUCCUCCCUGCAGAUCCCCAUGGGCACUACAUCUUCCACGCUCACCCAGUACGACAUCGAAGAAGUCCAAGAACACUGCAAUCACACCUUUUCGCAGCAAGAGAUUGCUUCUCUGUAUCAGAGGUUUUGCCAACUCGAUCGGAAUGGUGGUGGCUUCAUCGCUGCGGAUGAGUUCUUGUCCGUACCUGAGUUCGCUGUCAAUCCUCUCUCUCAGAGAUUAUUGAGGAUGCUUGAUGGAUUGAAUUUUAAGGAAUUUGUAGCAUUCUUGUCUGCCUUCAGCUCUCGGGCAACCUUGCAACAGAAAAUUGAAUUCAUCUUCAAGGUGUAUGAUUCUUCCGCAAAUGGGAAGGUUACAUUUGAUGAUAUGUUGAAUGUUUUGAGGGACUUGACGGGACAAUUUAUUUCUGAGAAACAGAGAGAGGAAGUUCUGACCCAGGUCCUUGAGGAAGCUGGCUACAACAAAAAUUCUUUGUUAGUUCUCUCAGAUUUUGUGAAGAUCCUCGGCAACCCUGAUUUGAAAAUGGAGGUUGAAGUCCCUGUGGAUUAAAAUUGAUCGUGAUAGUCGCUGAAGCUAUUGUUUCCCAUCAAGUAUGAGAAAAACUAGGGGGGCUCCUAAAGUUGGCAAUGGCAUUGCAGUGUUCUGCAGUAAAUGCCAACCAGGGUUUCUCAUCCGACUUCUUGUCAAACUGAUUAACUUUUAAAAUAAUCAUUGAUAGAUUUGAAAAAAUAAAAUACUAGUUCGUAUC